AUGGAUGACAAAUCGGCAGCUAAACAUCGAUCAAAGAUCAUACAAAAUGGAUUGGGUGGAGCGACAAAUACACCGAAUUCUCAAGUUGAACAACCAAACAGCUCGUUAGUUUUAUAUUUUUUCCCAAACUCUAUUUAUUUCCAAAAAAAAUCUUAGGCUUUUUCUCAACAUUUAUUUUUCUCAUAGAUCUUCAAUUGAUGCUACAAUGAUUCCAAAUUCUCUAAAAAGAAGAGCAAGUGUUGAUAUUCCUUCAAGUUCAAAACCAAAAACAUCGAAAAAAGAAAUGCCAAAAGGACAGGAUUUAGUUGAUCGAAUUUGGUUAGAAAUUGACAAUCAACAAAGAGAAAAACGAGAAAAACAAGCAAUUCGAAAAGCGGCUGAAGAAGCAAUUAAAUCACAUGAACCUAUUGAACCAUUUUGUUUGGAAUUAACUGCAUCGAAUUUGAAAUCACUUCAACAUGAUGAUACAUUGGCAAAAAAGGUUUGUUUGCAUUUGGUAACAUUUUUUGAUGGAAAAUUUUUGAAUCGGACUAGGUCCGAUUAAAACUUUGAAUCAGAUAACUUUCUCGAAAACUUCGAUGUUUUGUAUUUUUAGUUCAUCCAACAUGAAACAAUGGUUGAUAAAUUAUUGGGAUAUAAAAUGUUGCUUGGAAGAAUGGAGAAUUAUUCAACACUUGGAUAUGUGAAAAUGCGCGAAAAUAAUGAUGAUUCACCACGUGCAAGAGCCCAAAGAGAUGGAGUUUAUGGGCGAUCUCCGUCUCCACAAAUAUUCCGACGUGGUCCACGAACACCGCCAGAAGAAAAUGAACAGGAACAGAAACCAGUUAUAAUACAAAAAAGAGGACCGAAAACACCGCCCGGUUCACCUGGACCAUCUACACCGCCACCACAAAAUAAUGAAAGACAUCGACUUUUAAUUCAUAUGGCACAAGUUACUGGAGCAAGUAUUGAACAAGUUGAAAUAACAUGUGGAGAUGCUUUGAAUCGAGCUAUUGAUAAUAAUAAUAUUAACAAAUUGGAAAUGUUGGAAACUUUUAAAACUGCUUUGAUUUCGAUGGCAAAUCGACAUGUUCCGAGUCAUAAUUCAACUCCUAUGAAAUACAAAAUGUUAGUUUCAGUUUCAGAUUUAUCACAAAUAAUGUUUUAUUUAUUUUCCAGGUGUAGUCUUUCGGAUCAAAUGGAACUUGUAUCAGAUGCAACAUUAUCCGCUUCUCCACCUUCAUCUCCAAAUCCACUUCAUUUUGCUCCACUCACAGCUCCACCAAUUCCCCCACCAAUGUUACCAAUGGUUCCAUUACAAACACUCCCACAAAUUGUUCCACAACCACCCAAUAGUUUUUCGCUUCCACCAAUGUCAAUUCCCCCUCCACCAAUUGGUCUUCCUCCCUCACAACAUUCUUCAAUGAUUUGUCGUCCACCUCCACCCCCAAUUCAUUUGCCACCUCCACCAAUUAUGCCAGCAAUGAAUAUACCGCCUCCACCAAUUGUGAGAUCGCAAAAUAUAUUGCCCCCACUUCCACCACAACAACAACAACAGAAACCAAAAGUUGAAUUGAAAUCAAUUGUUACUGUUAUGCCAGAACAUAUUCCAACAGUUCGAGGUUAGUUUUAUCUUUCAUUAUUUUAUCAAUCAAACAAUUCAGUAAUGCCACAAUGGAUGAAUCAACCACCUCCACCAAUUCCCCCACCAAUUCCGCCACCAAAUUAUCCUUCUCAACAAUCUGGAAUAUCUUCGCAUAAUGUUCAAAAUACAUUAUUCUCGGCGUUAGGUAUUGCUGGUAAAGAUUCAUUUCUUUCUGCUCCUCCUCCACCGCCGCCACCAAUUGAUUCUUCUUCAAAUAUUCCUAAUACAUCUAAUAUUCGAUCGCACUACGGUAAUAAUAAUGGUGGAAAUACGCCAAACUUCAAAAAAGGGCCGCCUCCACCAAGAUUCUUUUUCUGA